AUGGUGUUUCCAGUUAACUCUCAUGACACUUCAGCGAACCAGGGUUACGGUAGAAAACUCUUCCCCUGUCUCCACUGCCGAUACACCACAGAUCGUAGAAACAACCUCAAACGCCACAUGCUGACAAUGCACCAGACAAGCGCUAGGAUGCUGGAAUGCUGUGGUAUUAUUUUCAAUACAAAAGCUUUAUUGCGGGAACACGCCAUGGUCUUCCAUUAUCACGGCUACACCUGUUAUUUUUGUGGGCGCCGCUUUUGCAGAAAGGCUUUGCUCAAAAGACAUUUGUCGGUCCACAACGGACAGAAAGAUUUUAUUUGCGACGUCUGCGACUACGCUACGUCUCAUAAAAGUAAUCUGGAGCGUCACAGAAAGGUCCAUUCUCGACAAGACGACGGGAAAGAGGGCGAGGAUGGAGGGCGUUACCAUGGAGAUGAUACCCAGCUUUACCAUGACGACGGUCGGUCGAAUGGAAGCGAGGCUGUGAGUCAUGAUGACGUCAGCGGUGAUGAGCUUUCAGUAUGCUCUGAUUAUGAAGACGAUGAUGAUGAUACGGACGUUGAAAUCAACGUUCAUAGCGAUUAA